AUGCAGACUGUGUUGUGUAAUCAAAAAGAAGUUGAAGAACGACACAAGUACAUUGAAUCAAAAGAUGAUGAGGAGGACAAUCAAGACGACCAUGAUGACGAUGAUGAAGAUGAUGAGGAUGAAGAGAAUGAUGACGAGACUCAAGAAUCAUCUUGUAGUACUGUGGAAAAGAAAACUUUCAACUCUUUGGAAGACUUGUCUAAUGGACAAGAUUUUUCUCCAGAAACAAACCUAUUAACAUCAUUACGGUUUAUGCUUCAUCUGAUGGUGAAGAUGAUGAUGAAAUAA